AAAAAAUGCUGUCUGAGAGGAGAAUGUUUUGUAUUUGCCACAUUUCUAUAAUUUGUUAAACUACCGUACUACAUGUAAGUUCCCCUUAGCUGUCAGAGCCCUAACAUGGUCAACACCUACAAGGUUGUGUUAUGUGGAAAGACUGGGGUCGGAAAGACAUCAAUUUUUAGACGUAUGUGUGGGUCUGACUUGGACAGCCCUCAGAAAGGUUGUGCAAGAAAUACCCUUGAUCCUGCGGAGUGUAAUGUGUCAGUUGAACUAGAAAAGGAAACAAAAAUAAAGGUAUUCUUUAACAUAAAUUAUUAUUAUUUAAAAAUAACCCUUUCCAGUGAGUGCUAAAACUUUCUAGCAGUAAUGCAACACAGGGUUGCAAUGCUGCAGAGUUGUUUUAAAUACUUUAUUAGCGGGGAGUUUAAUCAGCGACAACAGGAACAGCUGCAACAAGAACAGCAAAAUUAAAAAGCAAUAGUUUUAGAUAAGCAAAACAUUUGCACAUGCAUUUUUUGUACAUAAUUUUCAUUAUUAUCGACGUCGUGCGCCUACUGCAUGAAACUCCCUAAAUUCACUUUUUAUGGAGGAUGUUAACACAAGACAACAGACAAUUUCUUUUUCUUUUUGUGAACUUUCAAGUAGAUACAGUCCUGUAGAAUUCAACUCCAGAAAAUCUUGCCAACAUUUGACAAUAGCAAGCUCAAAAAAUAAGCAACCACAGCGAUGACACUUACAACAACAUCAAAAUACAAUAAAAAUUAAUUAGUUUUGUGAGCAAAACAACAGUUCUGCUUGUUCAUCACACAUUUGAGCACAUUUUCUUUGACGUCCACUGUAUGACUGGAACAUGAAACCUCCUAAUGUGACAUUUUAUGGAGGAUGUGGACAUAUGAUGGCAAAUUUUCCCUUCCCUUUUGAACAUGGAUAAAGUCCUGAAGAAUUCAACUCCAGGAAAAGUUGGCCUUAUUUGACAAAUUGAGCAGUUGCAAAUAGACAAAAGCUAGAUGCAAAUUUAUUUUUUUAGCAAAAUUUUCAUUGCUGUCAUCAUCGUAUAUUAGUUGCUUAAUCUCCCUAGUGAGAACGAGAUGGAAUAAGAGGAAUAAUUAAUGUUUAUAGUUGCAAGCAAAGCAUCAGUAAGAUUAUUGCCGAUCAGGUGCUAGCUCCUGGCACAUUGCUUCUUAUUUGAUGCUAUGCCUGAUUUGGAGAGCUUACUAUCAGGUUCUGGAAACUUUUUUACUUUUACCUUGGGCUACCAGGGUUUACAGCAAACUUACAUAAUUGAAGCCGUGCCGGGGGGGGGGGGGGGGCCAGGGGGGGGGGGGGGGGGGGGGGGGGGGGUCCAUGUCGCCCCACUGAAUUUUAAAACAUCUUGUGUCGGUGUUUAUAAAAUAUGCUUGUCGCUUAUUGUCAGCUUUUCCAUCACUGUUGCAAUUUGGUCGGGGGAGGUUGUCUCUUGUCGCGAUUUUAUUUUAAGCGUUCUUGCUACUUUUUGGGCCAUGUCGCUUGUCAGAAUUUACCCUGGCAGGGCCUCUUAAUUGUUAGGCGCAGCGCUCUUGGACUCCAGACAACGUUCCUAAGAGAACAGCCAGGAAUUAUUGUCAUGAAUAUUUUUGUCCCCGAACUAAGGGGCACGGGUGUGGCAUAUUUUGUCAAGACGUGACAUUUUUCCACUUUAAUUUGCAGCUAAACUUGUGGGACACUGCUGGACUUGAACAACAUGCCACAUUAACUCGCUCUCACUAUUUACUCAGCCAGGCUGUGUUGAUUGUGUACAGUGUAAACGACGAAGAAUCUCUCAGCCAGGCCAUUGAAAUCCUAAAGUUUGCCAAAAUCCAUGCGCAAGGUGCCUGCUUCAUUUUGAUCACAAACAAGAUAGACUUAGAACCAACUUUCACAGAGGAUGAAUUGAGGUCAUCUAUUCCAAAGAGCGCAUUUGUGUUGCAGUUUAGAACUUCAGCCUUAACAGGUGAAGGUAUACAGGACAUGCUUCAUAAACUAGCGAGCCAUUUAAAUAAGAGAGCAACACCCAUGAAACCAACUAGUCGUUCAUGCCUUGGUAAUUGCAAUGACAAGAGUGCUAGUUACAAUCCAGAUGCUGCUGUUGUUCAAUUGCAUUUUGAAGACACUCGUCAACGAUGUCGAAGACGAAGAAAAUGCUGCUCUUCAUAA